UUAAAAACACAGAGGUGACUUCAGUUCUCAGACAAAAGAUCCGUGUGCAAAACAACAAAAGACACUACUAAUGCACAGCUGCUGCAAACUAACAACUUUUUAAAGCAGAUCAAGUCAAAACAUUUAAUGAACAGGAUUAGAAAAACACCCUGUAGUUUUAAUAAAAGGCACAUAAGGCAAAGUCAUUAAGUUAAUGGAGAUUUUUGUUGUUGUUUCCGGAGUUUGAAGACAGCAAAGCUAUACAGUAAAAACAGGUUUUAACUGCAAACGUUGGUCCUGUUAUUGCAUCCACACAUAACAGAGCAGUGUGAGCUCUGAAGUGUGUGAAAACAACCCGUCAUUUUAACUCUAACCUACAAGCAUCCCAACGACAAACAAUGUUUAURCAGCUUGACCAUUGUGCUUUUUCUCCAGCUAAUUUUAGAGACUUUUGAGUGGGUGGGGUUUUAUCCGUGGUCACAGAGUCAUAAGGAAGGAAGUCACAAGUAAAAAAAAGAAGUCUAAAAUUAGUGUUUGUUUGUAUCUGCUGUGAUAAACUCAACUUAAAGAAAAAUCUGAAUUGCUAAACAUUAAAGUWGUGAAGGAUGAAACAAACAGAACAGCAAAGUGGUGUCUUGGUAAAAAGAAACAUCACUAAAAUAAACAAAUACCAUGUUAGAAGUGACUUAUUUACCGCACUUUAAAUCAUACUGAAUUAAAUCAAUGAUGCCACAAUUCUGUAAAAAAGCUGAAAAACAUCUAGAAUCUGUCUCAAUUGCAGUAAAACUAUUUCAAGCACAAAAAUCUAUUCUUCUUGUUGCAGUUAGUUAACAGAUCACAGCUGCUGAUGAGCCAGUAAGCGGCCACCCUCCCACAUGCCCCCAUGUGAGUCAGAGGGAAGUUUCUGACACAGACUGAAGGGAAUUCAGUUUUCAGGCCUGAACAGGAAACAAGCUCACUGCUCCACACGCAGAUAAGGAUCCCGUUUAAACAACAGUUUGGCUUCCAGUACACAACAAUUACCAGCUCCACAACAGUGUGGAAGAGAUGCAGAAGGGGAAGUUUCACCGAUGGAAACCCGCUGAAAAAGAAGCAACACCAAAGCGGCUGAAGACAAGAAACUUCGACUGACUUGGAAUCUAAAAUUUAAAAGGGAYAUGGCUCAUCUUGUUUCAGGACUGCUCCUUUGUUUGUUGGCUAUACCUACCAGUCAGCACGGAGGAAACAGAACCUGGUGUGGAAAUAAUGGAAAAAAUGGAAAUAAUACAGCAGUACCAAAAACCUUUAAAGGAUCAGUCUGUAAAUUAAACCACAUAAGGAGGCUGUAUGAUGGGCCCCACCCUGACCCAGACACUCAACUUCAUGUGGACCUUGAUGGGCCAGUGACAGAUUACAGCACGGGGGUCCUCAGCACCAGGGUCAUACCUUUAUCRUACAUACUGACCAUGCUUAUUGGUAUCCCUUCCAAUGCCUACAUUCUGGCCUUCCUCCGAGUCAAACUUCAAUCAAAGUCUUUGCCCUCAGUGGUUCUUUACCUGAACCUGGCCUUCUCCGACUUGCUGCUCGUGCUCUCUCUCGCACUGCGUGUUCACUAUCACCUCAACRCAAACAACUGGAUAUUUGGAGAAAUCUCCUGUCGGCUCAUCACGGCUCUAUUUUACGGGAACGUUUACGGUUCUGCUCAGACGAUAGCCUGCAUCAGUUUGAAGCGCUACCUGGCUGUGGUCAAGCCAUUUUUGUACAGAAGGAUGCCUAAAACUAUGUUGGCGGUGUGGAUGUGUUUGGUGGUCUGGUUUCUGUUUGGAGCAGCUGUUGUGCCUGAGCUCCUGGUCAGACAGAGCUACCAUGUUGCACAGCUGAAUAUCACCAUGUGUCACGAUGUMCUUCCCCUGGAAGACAACUCCCAUUCCCCGCUGGUGCCUUACAGACUGGURAUGGUUUUUCUGGGCUUCUUGCUACCCUUUAGCAUUUGCAUCUUCACCCACACAGCAGUGGUUUAUCACCUGGGACAAAGCGCUUCUGACUGGAGAGCUUUCAUCAGGGC